AUGCUCGAGGACCGGACGUUGCUGCGGGAGCUCGAGGCCGAGCUGGUGGUGCUGCUGCGUCCGGGCGCGCCGGACUGGGCGGACGAGCUGGGCUUCGACGGCGACUUCGGGGCGCAUCUCCGGGACUACUGGGCCAAGCACGGCCAGGAUCAACCCGAGUGGCUGGCGGAUGAAAAUGAAGUUUGGGAUCGCCUCAAGAAAGCUGGGGAGGCAAAUGUUGACCGCCGAGACAGACUGGAAGGAUGGAAUCAUCACGUGCAGAUUUCCCAAGAUGGCCAGCCAGCGGGCACGCUCCGAGCAAGCUGUGGCCAGAAGUUGGACCUCACGGCCAGCGGAUGGAUUCAGAACAACCGAGGAGACUCGUGCAUUCAUCAGCUGAUGUUGGUCCUUGAUACAAGCAUCGUGGCGGAGCUCUAUGACAGCGUUCCCGGUCGCAACCGGCCCGUGAACAAGAACUUCAGCCUAGUUGCACCAGAUGCACCUGGCAUCUAUAUGCUUUGGAGAGCCUCAGACUUGCAGUACAGCAUGCGCGAUGCCAGAAGAAACCUCGAGAACAGUCACACUCGACCCAAUCCUGCGAAGUUUCCGGGGAGCUUUGUUGCUUGGCUGGUUGUCGAAUGACAUCCAGGCCGCUGUUAAUGUGAUCUUUGGCUUAGUCUUGCGUAUGCUGGCUCGUGUGUCCGAACACAGAGAUCAGCUUUGACAGGCUAGCAGACCAGCCUUGACGGGCAUUGCUUC